UUGGGUCGGUUCGCCGCAACUGCAUUAUCACUCGUUCGCGGAUCGCGGCUGCGCGCAUGCGUCGCCUUGACCAACAUGGCCGACCGCAAAUUCGCGCGCGAAAACUUAUAAUAAAUUUAAAAAAAACAACCAGUAAUGUCACAACCAAAGAUUUUUUCCAUAGCAAGUAUGAGACGAUUAAAAUGCCUAAGAAUUGUUUGAAAUAUUUAAUUGUGCUUGCGGUUAUUUAUCUCCUAGUGAGGACAUGUGAUUGUGCCAAAAAUCAAGUGAAAAAGUUCAAGAGAAAAGUGGACGACAUAGAUUUGAAACAAAAUAAUUUGUUGCAACAGAAUGUGGUGAGGAAUUCGACCAAUAAUGAGAGAAGCAGAGGAUUCUUUACGCCCGGCCUAUUUUCCCUGGGAAAGGUGCUCAACUUCUUCCCGGUGGGCGGCGAGCGGGAAUGCCAGCCGGCGGGCUUCACCGUCGCUCGUGCUGGUAUCUGCCUCAACGCGUACGACUGCCGACAGCGGGAUGGCAAGGCCGCUGGUGACUGCGCGCACGGGCUCGGCGUCUGCUGUGUGUUCGAGGUGACAUGCGGGGGCGUGGUGCAGAACAACCUGACGUACUUCCUUUCCCCGGGGUUCCCGGAGCUGUGGUCGGGAGAGCGGGACUGCGACAUCACUAUCGAAAAGACGCACGCCGGGAUCACGCAGCUGCGGGUCGACUUCGUGCACUUCACUAUUGGUCAGCCCAACAGAACGACUGGCGAGUGCGAUGAGGACGCCAUGACGCUUGGGGAGGGCAGCGGGAAGGUCGUCAUUUGUGGGCAAAACCAUGGCCAGCAUUUAUACUACUCUUUAUCCAGUGGAAGCGAAGUCCGCGAGGCAGGAGAACUCCCGAGCGCGAAGAGUACAAAACUAUCCAUUCGUAUGAGAGGGAGCGAGAUGCCACGAUUAUGGUUGCUGCGGCUAGCGCAAAUGCCGCUUGCGUAUUCCGCACCUCACGAUUGCCUACAGUAUUUUACAAAUAACAAUGGUACAAUCAAGACCUUCAAUUUCGCCAUCAACGGCCGUCAUUUGGCAGGGCAGGAGUACAGGGCGUGUAUACGCAGGAACGUGGGAUUCUGUGCGGUUAGAUACGUGCCGUGUGACAGCAGAUCGUUUAGAAUUGGGCCUGGAGGAAAUGCGCCUUUCGUGAUGGACCUGGCUGGUGUGAUGCAGCAAGAACAACUGAUGCCAGUCAAUGACGCUCAGGUGCAAGAUGAAGAGGAAGGAUCUGGAGCAGACCCUCAGAUGGCACCAGUGGUUGAGGCGAACGUCGCACCGCCUAGUCUUGCUUCUAGGAUCUGGAGCUUUAUCUGGCCGUCUUGGCUGUGGGGACAGAGCAGAGGCGCCAGGACUUGGGGCUGGAGCCGAUGGUCUCCGUACGCACAGCACUACACUAAAGAAGACGACAAGUUCCGAUACUAUGGCUACGGGAACUUCGGGGUCGGCCUGCAAGGCUACGGCAGGCUGAGAUGCACGGAUCGCAUCACCAUUCCUUGCGAGAACGAGUAUUUUGUUUCGCACUACACUAAAGAAGACGACAAGUUCCGAUACUAUGGUUACGGGAACUUCGGGGUGGGCCUGCAAGGCUACGGCAGGCAGAGAUGCACGGAUCGCAUCACUAUUCCUUGCGAGAACGAGUAUUUUGUGUCGAGCACAUCAUACAUUCCCGGAGUCUGCGACCCUCACCACUGUGGAGACAGCUUCUGCCCAGGGUCAGGGUCUGACUGUCGCGUGGAGACCUCCAUCUCUCCCUUCGCGGUGUCGGUCCACUUCGGCCCGCCGCAGCGCAAGCGAAGCCCCGAGGAGAAUAUUGGAGCUUGUCUACGGUACACGCAGCUGCCGUGUGAUGGGUGACCGCCGGGGAGAAGUCCUGGGUUUUGCACCCGAAGGGUGCCAAUGGGACCCCAAAUAAUGUUUUUAUUUCCUCAUAUAAUGUGUUCGUGGUUCCGCAACCCAAAGGUGCUAAUGGGACCCGAUUACACCCAUCCUCUGUCUGUUUGCGUGAUAUUUCAUAUGAAAAGUAUUAGGUAGACAGGUUGUGUACUUUUUCUCAGAAUAUGUACUUUUAACAAUAAAAAUACUAAAGAUUAAAAAUAAAAACUUGUAAUAAGGUAGAUCCCCGUCCGUACUUACAAGAACCGUACUGUUUCUGUAUUUUUUAGAAUUGUUCAUAUCUGAUAAUAAAUACUUUAUUUAACCUGUAAAUAGCACUCAACACACUUAAUUAGGAUUUGUUGUUUAUGCUCAAUUUUAAUUAAAUAAUGGUGCCAACAUUGUAUUUAUUUUUAUUUUGUAGAUUUUUUUCUAAAUACAACAAACUGUGCCAUUAUUCCACACUGCAUAAUUAUUUAAGCAACUAAAUGUAAUUUGUACAUGUUGUGCAACGUUUCUAAACUUAUUGUAUCCGACUGUUGCGACUUGCGCGUCAUGAUGUUAGUUAAAUUAAUUUUCGAUGGCACAUCAACAUAAAUAAAUACUGCAGCAUAAUUAUAUUAUUAGUCGAAUAAAGAGCGAUUUUGGAAUAAAAAUAGCUUGCUUGAUGUGCUAGCGACUGUACAUAGUUAUUUUUAAAUAAGCAAUGUUACUUCCUUAUGUUAAACUAUAAUAUUAUUUAAUUUAUUUUUACUAUGUUAUUAUUAAAAAGGUUUUCUUACAUACACUUGUUAAAGGACUUUGAGCAAUGCUUAUUUUGUA